AUGCUGAACGGCAGGCGCACCGUGGUCGAGUUCUCACUCACCUCUCGUGCCGAAUGGCAGGCGCACUGUGGUCGAGUUCUCACUCACCUCACGUGCCGAACGACAGGCGCACCAUGGUCGAGUUCUCACUCACCUCUCAUGCCGAACGACAGAGGCGCAGUGGUUGAGUUCUCACUCACCUCUCAUACCAACCGGUUCAGCUCCUACUAUCGUUCACUUCCACUCUUCAACCUCCCCUUGGCUUGGGGACUUGGGGAACUACAUGAUCACCACCAUCGGCAUACGUUAGAGGACGCUCGUACCCGGGUCAGAAUGCCGGAGCUCAAGGACACAAGCAAGCCCCCAACCAAGAAGUCCAUUCUCGAUCGGAAACUUGGGGGACUCCUAUUUGUACCAUAUCUGACCCGCCACUCACGUCAUAACACGUGGAAAGUAAACAAGGCUGAGACCAGCUCAAUGAGCCAUGCCGAAAGCCAUGUCGAAAGGUCAAUCAACAUACUCCACCGAUUCAUACAUAGUCGUCAAGUUGGUAAGUGA